CUCCCGACGACGCCUGCGCAGUGCAGCCGCGGAGCAGGCCCCGAGCGCCAUGGCUGAGGAGGUGAGCGCCCUGAUGAAGGCCACGGUCCUGAUGCGGCGGCCCGGGCGCGUGCAGGAGAUCGUGGGCGCCCUGCGCAGGGGCGGCGCGGACCGCUUACAGGUCAUUUCUGAUUUUGACAUGACCCUGAGCAGAUUCGCAUAUAAUGGGAAGCGAUGCCCUUCUUCUCACAAUAUUCUGGAUAACAGCAAGAUCAUCAGUGAGGAGUGCAGGAAAGAGCUCCAAGCACUCCUUCACCACUAUUACCCAAUUGAGAUUGACCCACAGCGAAGCAUCAAAGAGAAGUUACCUCAUAUGGUGGAAUGGUGGACUAAAGCACACAACCUCCUGUGUCAGCAGAAGAUUCAGAAGUUCCAGAUUGCCCAGAUGGUUCGAGAAUCCAGUGUGAUGCUCAGGGAAGGAUACAAGGCAUUUUUCAACACUCUCUACCAAAACAAUAUUCCCCUUUUCAUCUUUUCUGCUGGUGUUGGUGAUGUCCUGGAAGAAAUUAUCAGACAGAUGAAAGUGUUCCACUCCAACAUCCAUAUCGUGUCUAACUACAUGGAUUUUGAUGAAGAUGGUAUCCUACAGGGAUUCAAAGGCCAGCUCAUACACACAUACAAUAAGAACAGCUCCGUGUGUGAGAAUUCUGGAUACUUUCAGCAGCUCCAGGGCAAAACCAACAUCCUCCUGCUGGGAGACUCCAUGGGGGACCUCACUAUGGCUGAUGGAGUUCCUAAUGUAGAGAACAUUCUCAGGGUCGGCUUCCUAAACGACAAGGUGGAGGAGCGGCGGGAGCGCUACAUGGACUCCUAUGACAUCGUUCUGGAGAAGGAUGAGACGCUGGACGUGGUCAACGGGCUGCUGCAGCACAUCCUGCGCCUGGGAGAUGAACUGGAAGUGCAGGGCUCCUGAGUGCCUGCCGAGAGGCUGUGAGGAGGAAGGGGAGAGCCCUCACAUGGAGGCUGUCCUGCUGGGAGCACUGCAGAGGAGGGACCUGGGUGCCUGAGCUGCUGGAUCCACACCCCACCUCCGUUCCUUUCUCCCCAGUGCCUCUGGAAGCUUGAAGGGGGCCCUGCCAGGCAUGUGGGGUGGGAGUGCAGCAGAACUGCUCCUACAAGUGGCCCCACAAGUACAGGCACUCUAAGGACUAUCUAGCCCAGGGAUUCUUUUUUUUUUUUUUCUUUGUAAUAUGGUGAAUUAUUCUUCCAACAACUCCAGUGUGUGAAAGAGCAAAAUAAAAAGAGGGG